AUGGAGACUCACUCUGGAACAACGACAGGUCCUCAUCGAUUGUCGAUGACACUUUCUGUUUCUGUAGAUGGAAGCGAGACUGCCCUCAUUGAGCAGUGCGGCGCUCACAUUGGCGAAGACACGGUUUCAUCAUCCGAGUCUGUGCCCGCCCUCCGCUUUCAAAAGAAUACUCUCGCCCAUCUCCCAGUCGAGAUUCUUGCGAAUAUAUUUAUGUACAUCGUAUCAGAGGAGGAGAGUUAUAUGGGCGUAUCCAACCCUCGCGGUGCUCCUGCGCACUGGCGCGAAACCGCCCUCGAGUGCUCGACUCUUUGGGCAUUUAUCGAUGGCGUCUCUGCUCAGUGGCUAGCCACCAUGCUGGAGAGGUCGAAGAAAGCUGCCCUGGUCGUCAUUUACAAUGAUCCCAAACCGCUACGACAAUGUGGCUUUGAGAAAAUUCUUUUACAGUUGCCUCGAAUCAAAUUUCUCCAGUUGUGUCCAUCUCCACCGGAGGCUGAUCGCAUUUUGGACUGCUUGUCAUCGCUACCCGCACCGUUGCUUCAUACAUUCAAAUUCGUGGUCUUUGGGAACGCGACAUUCGCUAAGCCCAUAUCGGACACCAUUUUUCAAGGAGAAGCACCCCGACUUCGGAGCGUCCAGCUCGUGCAAUGCUACUUCAGUUGGACAUCAUGUAUUUUCAGUGGGCUUCGCUCUCUUCAUAUAGGAUUGUCCCCUAAGCGUAGUCCUCUGUCGCAAAUCCUCUCGGCUCUGAGACGCAUGCCUGAAUUGGAGCUACUUACGCUUGAACCUCGAAGUUCCAAACACUCUGACGCGCCCUUCGAUCAAGUUGCACUCCCUCGGUUGAGAAGGGUAGAGCUGUCUAACUCUACUAUCCACAUUGCUACAUCCUUCUUUUUACAUCUAGUCCUUCCCGUUGAUAAUCAUGACGAAUCUGUUCCCGUCAUUCGGUCCCUACGUGUCAGCCUUUUGCACGACCUUUUCACACUCCGGUUCAGUACGUCAAUACCUGAGCAUCCGUGGGCCCCUCGUGACAGUCAUAUACGACUCUCCAUUGCAUUCUUACACAAUUCAUGGAUCACAAAACCAGACAUCUUAUUUGACAUUUGUCGUGUGGUCCCGCAUCGCAAAAUCCAACAUCUGGUUGCGUCAUUCCCCGGCCUCGAUACUACAGAGUUUUGGCGCACGGGGUCAGUAGACCUUCCAAAGCUCAAAAGUAUCCAUCUGGACGACACCCCUAUUCAAGGCUUGCUCCUUGCGCUCCUGGUCAGAAAUGAGUAGAGCCAUCCAGCGUAUCCCUCGCUUCGCGUUUUAGAGCUUGGGAAUAUCAAUUUAGGAUGUAAGGAACGUUUGUUUCUUGAGCAGGUUCUCACUGUGCUCCGAGCCGGCCGUAGUGUCGGCAUACACACGCUCCGACUGACGAGGUGCAGGAAUCUGAUGUGCGAUGAUGUGGCACGACUUCAGACAACGGUUUUGGUCGAUUGGGACAGGCAUGAAGAUGCGUUAACGGACACCGACGGUGGUUGUCUUUGCCGCAGCUGCAACGAUAACGAUUCUGAAUAGUAUAUGGUUUAAAC